UUGAAAUUCUGAGAAAUACACCAUACACGUUUCAUCUGAAACGAAAGUAGACCACGUGACCCCAACACGGAUGUCGACAUUGUUGGUUGUGAUCAACAGCUUCAAGGUCUGUGUUCGUUGUUUGCUGAAUAUUGACGUCUUAUUCAGAACACAGUGAAGCCAUACACGCUGGUUAAGGGCCUCAUUCGUAGAAAACCGUUUGUGAUCAAGAAAAAUGGCGGAAAAUUAAAUGCGCCGCAUCCUCACAUGUUCUGAAGAAAAAGGUUGGAGGUGAAAAGCUUGAGACCAUGUUUCGAACGAAACAAGACGUCGAUAGGCAUGCUGCGAGUGUACUGGGAAGACUCAAGAAUGAAAAAGAGAAAAACUCCAGAGGCUACCAGAUAGCGAGGCUGUAUUUUGACGUGUCCGAGUAUGAAGUUGCUAAAAGGUACCUGACCUCGUUCCUGAGUGUGAGAGAGACGGUGCCCCAGGCACACAAGCUCAUGGGGCACAUCUUCUUAAAGACAAAUGAAAAGGAAAAGGCUCUGGCAUGUUACAAGAGGGCCCUGGGGCUUGAUGGCUCGCAGAAAGAUUUGAUCAUCAAAAUUUGUGAGCUGUGUACGCAGGUGCCCAUGGAUCCUGAACGAGCUAGAUUCUGGCUGGAGAAGGCGGAGCAAACCUGCCCUGGGAAUGAUGUUAUCUUCAGACUGAGGGAGAUGAUAGCCCAGAACAGUGGUGAUGAAGACUUCCAGGAACUAGAAAACCUCAUCACAUCAGAAUUGACACAACGCCCAGAAGAUGUAAGCCUACGAGUGAAGCUGCUACGCUUUUACCUGAAGUCGGGGAAGCUUGACCAUGCUUACAAUGUGGCUGUGCAGACUGACCGCACCAUGGCUUUCACAGACAGCCUGGAGUGGUAUGAAACUCUCCUUGAUGUCUACUAUGCCUACAAAGGGAAGACUGGCUGCCGUGGAGACCUACGAUUCUACACCCAGUUCCUGCACACUUUGAGGAAUGUCGUGUACCUGCGUCUAUGUUACAGGGAACCUGUUGCUUGUGCUGAGGUUCUUCACCAGUUUGACCAGGUACUUCAAGAAGCUGUACAGAUUCCAAAUCAGCAGGAGGACGACUGGAUGUCAUUCCUAACUGAGAUGACCGGCCAGUUCUUCUUCUCCUGCGGCACGCUGCUGCUGAAGAGAGCCCAAAAGGGUGGGCUGUCGUGGAAGGAUGUGAUCCCCCUGGCCUCCGUGUGCUAUCUUCUCAACAACUCCAUCAUCACAAUAGACUCGCGGUCCGAGUGGUUUGUGUCAGCAAGCAAGGACAAGAAGAGCAUGUAUGAACAUCUGCACAUGAUCAGCAACUUCCGACGCAGCCAGGGAGGCCACACUCUACAAGCACUGGGCAAGGGAGACACAGCAACAUGGACACAGAAACUGAGACAGCAAUACUGCAGACAACAAGGCCGAGAAAAGCUGUACGACACCGUCUUCACUCUGCCAGACAUGAGGGCAAAGAAAGACAGUUCCUACCUGAUAAAGAAUCGGACCUACACGGACAACGUACUCCUGUUUCCUUCCCGGCGCCAGAUGCGAUCCUUCGAUUCGGGCUGCUACAGACUUCACCCCCAAAGUCUGACCAACUUCAUAUGGCUGGCUCUACAACGGUACUCCUGUAAAGACAAGGCUCAGCCUUACUACGGCUUCGACAUCUUUGAGGAUUUGGUUUACAGUGUGAAAAACAUGUCAGUUGGUGGUGCGGAGUCUUUGUGUCAGCUGGACACAGAUGUGUUUCUCAUUGCGUCGGUUUGCUGUGCAGCAUUGAGGCACCAGGAGAUGAUUCACAUGGGUCACAGUGAUCCCACGCAGCCAGACUUUCUACCCCUGAGUCUGACGAAACCACUGUGUACACAGGAGCAGGCAGACUGGUGGCUGGCAGCUUACAAAUUCCACACUAACACAGUCAAGGACAACUUUUCCAAGAUGCGCCACACCCUGCAGCGGGGGAUAGAGACUGUCCGCCUCGUCGCGGGUCACGGGGUGUCUGUCAACCUCAUCAUCCACAUAGCCAGGUCACUGGAGGUGAAGGCCUCUGAGAUGAAACAGUUGGGGCCACAGUUCACAUUGAAUGUUACCGACACUGAGACCAGAGCAGAGUUUUACUGGGAGCAGGCCCUGGAAAUGUUGAACCGACUUGAUAAGAACCGGAAUCCCCAUGUGCCGAAGCACCGACUGUUCAAGGAUGACACUGACCAGGACCUGGACGAGGCCACCAUUAAAGCGCUCACCUCCGAGGUCCAGUACGCUGUUGGCUGUGCAGCAAUGAAGAAAAACAAGUACGAGGAUGCUAUCAAUAUAUUUGACAAACUACACACGCCAUAUGCUUCACUCAACUCGGCAAAGAUAUACAAGGUUCUAGCAGAGCAGGAGCGAUCUCGGGAUGCUCCUGUUGGAAGAGAACAACACCAGAUUCUCUUAACAAAAGCUCGGGAUGCCAUCUAUCGUACUUUUGAUCUUCUGCAAGGAGAUAAGAAACAUGAAUUGAACAAGUCGGUGCAGCAACAUUACGAUGAGAUUGAGUCUCAGCUGAUGAGUGUGGCAGAGUGGGGUGAUGAUGAAGAGCCAAGUCAGUACCACACUCCAACAGCCAUCCAGAUGGAUGGAGACGUGUCGUCCCCAGACCACAGUACACCCAGGGACAAGUCCAAGACCAAGUCUCCAGCAGCUCAAGUCAGCUUCAAUACAUCUGAUGCUGGCCGACACAUCAGACCAAGCCCAGAGCACAUGGAUGCCAAGAUCCGUUCCCUGGCCUACUCCCAAGAGUCCUUGGUCAAGAUGGUGCUUGCCCGCAAUGAGGAGCUGGUCAAGUUCAACAGUCAGCUUGUGGAGGCCCUGAGGGAGAACAGAGAAGUCAUCACACAGCUUAAGGAAUUGAACAAGUCGGUGCAGCAACAUUACGAUGAGAUUGAGUCUCAGCUGAUGAGUGUGGCAGAGUGGGGUGAUGAUGAAGAGCCAAGUCAGUACCACACUCCAACAGCCAUCCAGAUGGAUGGAGACGUGUCGUCCCCAGACCACAGUACACCCAGGGACAAGUCCAGGACCAAGUCUCCAGCAGCUCAAGUCAGCUUCAAUACAUCUGAUGCUGGCCGACACAUCAGACCAAGCCCAGAGCACAUGGAUGCCAAGAUCCGUUCCCUGGCCUACUCCCAAGAGUCCUUGGUCAAGAUGGUGCUUGCCCGCAAUGAGGAGCUGGUCAAGUUCAACAGUCAGCUUGUGGAGGCCCUGAGGGAGAACAGAGAAGUCAUCACACAGCUUAAGGAAUUGAACAAGUCGGUGCAGCAACAUUAUGAUGAGAUUGAGUCUCAGCUGAUGAGUGUGGCAGAGUGGGAUGAUGAUGAAGAGCCAAGUCAGUACCACACUCCAACAGCCAUCCAGAUGGAUGGAGACGUGUCGUCCCCAGACCACAGUACACCCAGGGACAAGUCCAGGACCAAGUCUCCAGCAGCUCAAGUCAGCUUCAAUACAUCUGAUGCUGGCCGACACAUCAGACCAAGCCCAGAACACAUGGAUGCCAAGAUCCGUUCCCUGGCCUACUCCCAAGAGUCCUUGGUCAAGAUGGUGCUUGCCCGCAAUGAGGAGCUGGUCAAGUUCAACAGUCAGCUUGUGGAGGCCCUGAGGGAGAACAGAGAAGUCAUCACACAGCUUAAGGAAUUGAACAAGUCGGUGCAGCAACAUUACGAUGAGAUUGAGUCUCAGCUGAUGAGUGUGGCAGAGUGGGAUGAUGAUGAAGAGCCAAGUCAGUACCACACUCCAACAGCCAUCCAGAUGGAUGGAGACGUGUCGUCCCCAGACCACAGUACACCCAGGGACAAGUCCAGGACCAAGUCUCCAGCAGCUCAAGUCAGCUUCAAUACAUCUGAUGCUGGCCGACACAUCAGACCAAGCCCAGAACACAUGGAUGCCAAGAUCCGUUCCCUGGCCUACUCCCAAGAGUCCUUGGUCAAGAUGGUGCUUGCCCGCAAUGAGGAGCUGGUCAAGUUCAACAGUCAGCUUGUGGAGGCCCUGAGGGAGAACAGAGAAGUCAUCACACAGCUUAAGACAGAGGAGCUGGCCAGACAGUUCAAGAAGAAGUUUGAGGAGGUUCAGGAGCUGGUCAGGGCAACGGAAUCUGGAACUGAUGUACUUCCAGCAUCUCCAGCCAAGAAUACCAACAGCUCGGCAAAUGUGUCCAAAAGCCAGGAUGUCUCUGUGACAGAGGAGAAAGAAGAAGAUGACGAUUCUGAGGAAGAAAGCAUCAUGUUUGAGAAGAGAGCUACGUUGACUUAUUUUGAGAAUGACGAGUGGAAGAAACUUGGAAUGGGCAACUUGAAGAUUCUGUACAAUGAUGACCUGAAUGGAAACCAGAUUGACAUGGAGACAGAUGACAAACAAAAAGUCUGCAACCAUGUCAUUUGUCGCGAACACUCAAUAAAACUAGAGAAUCAGAAGAGAGCCUGUAUGUGGAGUGCCCAAGACUUCUCAACAGACGAGCCAGUCAGGAGGGACUUUAAGGCAGCUUUCAGCUCAGUAGCUGCUGCAGAGGAGUUUGCUAAAUCUUUUAUGGAGGGUGUGAGCUUAGCCCGAGAUUCUGAGUUGUCAGAGAAGAUUUCACAUGAAAUGGAUACACCUGUUAUAUUUUCUCACGGCGAUGCUACGGGAGGUCAAACCCGAAUCCUUGUUAGCCAAUCUGAAGCAAGCUCUGCAACCUCUAUGGGUGGCAGUGGCCAAUGUGAGACGAGGAUACAGCCAGGUGAAAGUGAGGGCAGCCAAUCAGCAGCCUCAUCACUAACAGGGGAGGGUGUGUCAGCCACUGAUGCUUCCUCAGUUGUUUCAUGUUCGCCUGAGCUGUCUGCUCUCUUAAGUUCAUUCUUAGAGGAAGACCAGAAAAGAUGAAGAAAAUGAAGGAUUAGGCAAAUUGAAAUAUAUGUGUGUGCAAAGUGGAAGAAUAAUUCUGGACAAUAAAUGAAAGGUUUUGUUGCCACCUGACAGACCUGGUGAACAAAUUGUUUUUUAGUUGCUUGGCAACCCCAUGUCCAUACUAAGUUGCCAUGCAGUAAUGACAUCACAAAUCAUGAAAUUUGGUGCCUGUGUCCAUACAUGUGUGCGGAAUAUUUUGAACCUGAACUUGCAGGCAUUUUGCCCUUGCUGUACAUGAUGAAAAAGGCGAAAUAUUUAAAGAUUAUUGUCUCACAGUGUUAUUACAUCAGUGUCAUUAAUAUGAACAAUUAGAUUAGCAAGAUGGUAUUAUUUCCAAGGAUUCCUUUGUCAUCUUUUAUAGAAGUGCAUUUCAUGUUUCAUCAAAAUGACAUAGUGCUAAUUCAAGAAUGGUAGAUCUAGCUAAGCUUCUGAAUUUCACACAUCAUACAAGUAAUUCAUGGAAUUUUCUGUUGUAAAUAUCAGGUCAGCAUCCUCAUCAACAUUCAUCCAACAUAUGUAUUGCUUGAAAGAACAUUGUUGUAAAUACAUGAAUAAAUAUCCCUGUUGUUACUGUUUACU